AUGUUGAGCACUAUUGCCAAGCGCAUCAAUGUUGCGAUCACGGCAUCCACGACUGCAGCCGAGGCGGCGGAGAUGCAGCGAGACCCAUGGUCAAAGUCAGCAAAAUAUGGGGUGGGAUUUGUCUAUUUCGCUGUCGUGCUGUUGAUAAUCACGACCUUUAUCCGAUGCUGGCAUAAAUGGGGCGACAAGAUGCGGAUUGCCCUCUACAAAGAAAACCGACCAGAGAUAUUUCGCGACGACUCGGUACCGGACGAGUACGAACUCCCGAGUGCAGGCACUGAUGCUUCCAACGCCCAUUUCUUUCCAUCGCCGACCGCAGUCUCUCCACCUAAGAGGCACGAAUCCAUUCUUGCUAGGAUAGUUCCCUUGAACAAGGCAAUUGCCUUUACACGAUGGAUCUUCUAUCGACCAGUUCCCGUCCUGAGGGUUGGGAAGAUAGAGCUUGUUUUUCCAUCUUUAGCGGUUACGGCGAUUGUCUUGGUUGCAUUUAUCUUCGUCGCAUUAUACUGUUUUGUGCCACAGCCCUUAUACUACUGGUCAAUUGCGCUGGGGUCACCGCCGCUUGCUAUUCGGGCAGGCAUGCUCGCAGUAGCUAUGAUCCCCUGGAUUGUUGCACUCAGCACCAAGGCAAACUUUAUCACUAUGAUGACUGGUCUUGGUCCUGAGCGGCUGAAUGGUCUGCACCGCUGGUCAGCCUAUAUCUGCCUCUUCCUCAGUUUGGUUCAUAUGGUCCCGUUCUACAUCACUCCAAUCUGGGAAGACGGCGCUUUGGUCAACUAUAGAAUGGGCAUUCCACCGCACGCCUAUGUGUAUGGGACUGGAAUUGCGGCGCUAGUUCCUCUGCUUGUGUUGUGUAUUCAUUCUCUUCCAAUCUUUCGCAAUUGGAUGUAUGAGCUUUUUGUCUUUGUUCAUAUCCCAGUCUCGUACAUCUUUGUGGCGAUGCUCUUCUGGCACACCAGGAACUACCUGUCAUCAUGGGCUUAUCUUUUCACAACACUUGCCAUUUGGGUCAUCUCAUAUACCAUCCGGCUGUUUUACUUGAACUGGACACACCCUUUGCGUUCGUCAUUUUUGAUCGGAGAAGAAUCGGCCAUAACCCUUCUUCCGCAAAAUGCCGUCAAGGUCACCAUUCCCACAAAGAUGCGUUGGAGGCCCGGUCAGUAUGUCUACCUCAGACUGCCAAGGAUUUCUGUGAUCCAGAGCCAUCCUUUCACGAUUGCCUCUCUUUGCAGCGACGACUUCCCAUCUGCGUAUGGUGAAAAGUAUCGUGACAUGACCCUGGUUUUCCGACCAUUCCAUGGUUUCACACGCGAGGUAUUCCAGAAAGCCUUGGAACAUGGCCCCUACAAAACGUACAGCGCAUUUGUAGAAGGGCCUUACGGUGGUAUGCAGCGCGAGAUGGCUGCUUUCGACGACGUAAUCUUCUUUGCCGGAGGAAGUGGUAUUACCGCCAUUGCAAGCCAACUGCUGGACCUCAUCAAGAAGAUUCGAGAUGGCAAGGCUAUCACCAAAUCAGUCAAAGUUAUUUGGGCACUCAAGAGCCCCGAGACGAUGGAAUGGUUCCAAGAAGAACUACGAAUCUGCCGUGACUACGCACCUUCCAACAUCGUGAGCUGUCAUUUCUUCCUCACCGGAGUGAAGCAAGACGACCAAAUUGGACGGGACAUAGUACAGGAGAAGAUCUAUGGCAUGCUCCAGGGCAUCGAUAAGCGAAACUCGGCUUAUAUCCGCGCUGAAGCUGCCGGCAACCCUGAUAUAGAAAAGGAAUUACGCCGUGAGAAUGAAGACGGUGUCGCUGCUCUUCCCAAUGCGUACACGGCCACCCAUGCAUCCAAUACCCGCCAAUACUACCAGCCUGCCAUGAACCUUCAUGGCCCCGCUGCAUCAACUGGUUAUGGCAACCCAAACUUCGACUUCGGAUUCGGCGCGCCUCAACCUGUGCCACAAUGGCCAUCACCAGCACCUGCACCACGAUUUGCUUAUUAUCAGCCACGUGCACGCGAUAACUGGCGGACUGAUUACUUCCGUCCAAACAUUACUCAGAUGGUCAAUGAGUUUUCCAAAACCUUUGGUCGCCGUGCGUGUGUUUUCGUCUGCGGUCCACCGAGCAUGCGAGUUGAAGUCGCCAACACGGUAGCCAAACUGCAGAUGCAGGUGAUUAUGGACUCGUCAAGAGAUGAGAUCUUUUUGCAUGCCGAGAACUAUAACAUCUAA